AUGGGAUACUCAUGCGUUAGAUUUAACGAUUUACCUGAUGAAAUUCUUAUGGUUAUUUUUAAAAACAUGAACAAUGUUGAAGUACUUUAUUCUUUAAAAGGUGUUAAUCAACGAUUAAAUAAACUUGUUCAAGAUUCUACUUUUACAAGUCGUUUGACGUUUGUCAAAAGAUGCUCAGAUAAUUUUUUCGAUGUAUUUCCUUGUAACAUGAUGCUUAAUCGUUUUUGUUUACAAAUUUUACCUGAAGUUCACGAUAAAAUCAAAUGGCUUGAUCUUGAAUCAUCAUCUAUGAGGAAUGUUUUAUGUGCUACCGAUUAUCCUAAUUUAUAUGGUCUCGGCCUUUAUAAUAUUAAUGAAGAGUCAGCUCGGUGUCUUUUCACUGGUAAGAAGUUUCUAUUGAAUUAUUUUUAUCCUGAAUAA